AUGUCAAACCUUCCUUCCGCCUAUUCUAACUCCCCAAAACACACCCCAACUCUUAUGAGAGCACUCCAAGCACUCCAGACAACAACAUUCCCUCCCCACCACCAGGUCCUAUGCAUCCCCCUCUACCUUUCCCCAUAUUCCCUCUACCUCCCCAAGGCUUCGUCUCUGAAGAGGUUGCUCCCUUCAACUAAAGCGACGAAGAAGAAGAACACUUCAGCUAAGGGGAAGGAUAAAGGCAAAGAAGAGGAGGAGGAAGAAGAUGAUGAUGAGGAUGAGCAAGAGAUGAAGUAUCUGGCUCUAGACUAUUCCCAAGAGGACUUUGGGGAUGACUCAGAUACCUAUGCUUCGUGGUCUCCUUAA